GCAACCGUUGAACUCCGGCGCUCCAUUUUACAGAAUUCUUCCGGCAUUCAUGGCAAAGUUGCUAUUAUAUCAUAAACAAGUAUUGCAUCUUUAACCGUCGAAAUCUUUUUCAGUUUUCAGCGGAAAAUGAAAAUGAGCCGAACUCAUAGUCAUCGUAAACCUAACCCACCCCACCAUCACUAUACUUUCAGUCAACGCUUCCCAUUCCCAAAUCCCAAUUAUCCAUUUAUACAUGCAAUUUGUGAUCACAAAUAUUUUACAGCUAAAUUCUCGGCUUCUUGUCUCGAGAUUAGGCACCGGUUUCCUAUGCCCCUUCACAAUCCACGUUUAGUAUGCUUCAAAUUCACGAUUUUACAGCUCUUCUUCACCUUUAAGGGAAACUUGUCUUUUUGUAGCUCACCUUUACAUAUAAUCAUCAUCCAUAGCUUCAUAUGAUUCUCUUCCGACUUAAUCACAGCUUUUCAGGACUUCGUGUCGUUGAUUAUAUAAGAAACUCCUCCUGGGUGGCAUUUGUUUGAUUAAGGUGAAAUAGUUUAAGAUGAAGAUGUCAUGCUUUCCAAGGUACAGAUUAGGGAGAAUUUUAGGCAUGUUUCAGAUUAUUCUUGGAGCACUGGUCAUAAUGGUAAGCGUUUCAAGCCUAUAUAGAUUCUAUUCAGCUGGAUUCUUCAUACAUAACGAAGACAUAUGCAAGCAAUUCUAUGGCGUCAGAGACGUUUACGAAGGAUUCGAUGUAAUGGCUCUCUCUGCUGCUGUAGACGAAGUGCUCCACAAAAUGCUCAGCCUACAAGAAACCCUCGAAUCCACAGUCGAACAGCUUGAAAAAAACAAAGAUUUAUCCAAAACCAACAUCUCAAUGUUGGAUUACAAGAAUUUUAUCCAACAACAAGUGAUUCAACCUCUUUACACCGCUCAUAUCACUCUUCGACAAAUCCGUCUACCAAAAAUCGAAAAUGGCACAACAAACGAAGACCCUUUGAUCAAUACUUUCGUGACAGAAGAAAUCAAAAAGUACAUAACCCCAAAAGAAAACCGUGUUGGAAAGAAGAACAUAUACGGAACCGAAAAGGUAUACAACACAAUAGGCCAUGGAUGUGUCUCCAUGAAGAAAGAACUCGAAGAAUACAUGGAUUACGACAUCGGGUCAUUCUGUAAAGACGAUUGGAACAUCGCCCAAAAUCUCAUGAUCAAGGGUUGCGAUCCAUUACCAAGAAGAAGAUGUCUCACAAGAGCUUCAAAGCUCUACCAAAAACCCUACCCGAUAAACGAAUCUUUAUGGAGAAUACCCGAUGGGCGAAACGUGAGAUGGAGUCACUAUUCAUGUAGAAACUUCGAGUGUUUAUCGAGCAAGAAUCCGAAAAGGGGUUUCUCCAAAUGCAUCGGGUGUUUUGAAAUGGAAAAGGAAAGGGUAAAAUGGGUAAUCAACACAACGGUGUCAACCGAUUUCUUGAUUGAAGACGUGUUACGGGUCAAACCGGGUGAGAUACGGGUCGGGGUUGAUUUUGGAAUCGGGACCGGGACAUUUGCGGGUCGGAUGCGGGAACAUAAUGUGACGAUUGUGUCUACUGCUUUGAAUCUUGGGGCCCCGUUUAAUGAAAUGAUUGCUCUACGAGGUUUGAUUCCUUUAUAUGUGACAUUGAAUCAAAGGUUGCCUUUUUUUGAUAAUACAAUGGAUUUGAUUCAUACGACUGGGUUUAUGGAUGGCUGGAUUGAUUUGCAGUUGAUGGAUUUUAUUUUGUUUGAUUGGGACCGGGUUUUGAGGCCGGGUGGGUUGUUGUGGGUGGACCGGUUUUUUUGUAGCAGGAAGGAUUUGGAUGAUUAUAUGUAUAUGUUUCUGCAGUUUAGGUAUAAGAAGCAUAAAUGGGCUAUUUCGAAUAAGUCUAAAGAUGAGGUGUUUCUUUCUGCUUUAUUGGAGAAACCUCCGAGGUCAUUAUGA